GAAGCUCUGGUCAGUGUCGCUCGGCGUGGGUGUGCGUCCGUUUCGCCUCCAGAGUCCAGAGUCCACAACAGGAGCUCUCAUCAGCCAAGCGCCAGGCCAAUAUAAACAACGCGGCGUCGCCACCGGUUUUUUUUCCUGAACAAGAACAAAGCCAGGGAAGGGAAGCGCGGCAGGGAGAUACCACGAACGCUACAGCCGCAGCCCGCAGGCAGAUCUUUAGCUGUGCUCCCAAGCAAAGGUACCCGCAGCCGCCAACUGACCGCUGUAGCUAGCGGCCAACGAUGGCAGCCGCCGCGCCGUCAUCCUCGUCCUCGUCCGCGCGGGCGCGCGCGCCGCCCCGGCCAUUGCAUCCCCUCGCCCGCGGCGGCUCCGAGCGCCAGGAAAUGGAGGCCGUCGCGGCGGCGACCCACCCCGGCGGCGCGCAGCGGAUGCGGCGCAAGGGGAGGAAACAGAGGCAGCUGUGGCCCAGGACCGUGCUGCGGAAGUGGCUCAACAUCAGGUCGCCGGAGUCCGACUUCAGCGCCGACGAGGGCGACACCACCGGCGACGACACCGAUAGCGAAGUCGAGUAUGAAGGAAACCAACUGGGGAUGGCUCCCGGUGGGCUUCAUAGAAGGCGCAAGUCAGAGACCCUUCGUGCUCAGUAUAUUGAUGUCAGGGAACUCAGGAUUUGUGCUGGAACAUGGAAUGUUGCAGGCAGGCUUCCACAUAAUGACUUGGAUAUUCAAGAAUGGUUGGAUAUGGAGGAGCCAGCUGAUAUAUAUGUUCUUGGAUUUCAAGAAAUUGUUCCACUAAAUGCUGGGAAUAUAUUUGGUGCUGAAGACAACCGCCCUGUUGCAAUGUGGGAGCAUAUUAUUCGUGAAACAUUGAAUAAGAUCAGCCCAGAUAAACCCAAAUACAAAUGUCACAGCGAUCCUCCUUCUCCAUCAAGAUUCAAGCCAUCUGAUGAUGCUUUUGUGAUGGAAGAUGAACUUAUUAGUGAGUCUGAUAGUGAAAGUGAUGGGGAGGUGCACCCAUUGAACGAACAAGAUUUGGCCGAUUCUGUUGAUGGCAUUCAUGGUAACAAAUGUGAACAUCCCACUGAUGCACCUGAAACAAUUUUACAAGAUGAGUUCAGCAGGUUGCCUUCAAUGAAGACUUUUGACAGAUCCAAUAACCUAAGUUUUAAAGAAUCUAAUUUGGAAGAGAAGAUCUGCCAGAAGCUAUUAACUAAAACAUUCAGUAACUCAGAGAGGCUUGGAAUGAUUUGGCCUGAACCACCAUUGGAUAUGUUGGCCCAGUGUCUUCCUGACAGCACAAAGUCAUUUGCUUCAGGAAAGGCAUUAAGAUCGUAUUUGUCUUUCAAGUCAGUAAAUGGAGAUUCUGAUCCAUUUGCAGAGGAAGUUCCUGAUUUUAACAUUAACUGUGCAGCAGUUAAAAGGAAAAGACCAUACUUUGUAAGGAUAAUAAGCAAGCAGAUGGUUGGAGUGUACCUAUCAAUAUGGGUACGAAGAAGCCUCCGCAAGCACAUUCAGAGUCUGAAAGUAUCAACUGUAGGGGUCGGUGCUAUGGGCUACAUUGGUAAUAAGGGAUCAAUAUCAGUAAGCAUGUCCAUAUACCAAACACACUUUUGCUUUAUAUGUUGUCACCUGACCUCUGGAGAGAAGGAAGGAGAUGAACUAAAAAGGAAUGCUGAUGUUCAAGAAAUCCACCGAAGGACAAUAUUUAAUCCAGUUUCCAGAGUCAACAUGCCUAAGACGAUAUAUGACCAUGAAAGGAUUGUAUGGCUAGGUGAUCUCAACUAUAGGCUCAAUUUACCAUAUGAGAAGACACAUGAACUCAUCUCCAAGCAGGACUGGAAUGAAUUGUUUGGGAAAGAUCAGCUGAAAGUAGAGCUGAAGAAGGGGCAUCUAUUUGAAGGAUGGACCGAAGGGGUCAUCAACUUUCCUCCAACGUAUAAAUACAAGGUUAACUCAGAAAAGUACAUAAGUGAUGAUCACAAAUCUGGAAGGAGAACACCUGCAUGGUGUGACCGAAUUCUUUCCCAUGGUAAGGGUAUGAGGUUACUGUCAUAUAAGACAGUUGAUCUCAGGCUAUCAGAUCACCGCCCUGUGAUUGCUGUGUACAUGGCUGAUGUUGAGGUUUUCUCUUCAAAAAAACUGCAGAGAGCUCUUACCUUCACCGAUGCAGAGGUUGAGGAACAGCUCUCCUUCGAGGAAGAUAGUACUUCUGGAAUAUACAACCUUGGACUAAAUUAAAGUUCAAGGUACUUGGACAUAUAACAAAACAGACUUUAUGCUUUUCUCAAGUAUCCAAGGAAGAAUUGACAAGUUACGACUUAGUCCUGCCCAGCCUGUGCCUCUAUUUUUCUGAGACCAGCAAUUGGAAGUAGGUAGUCCUGUACAUUUUAUCCAUGCUCUGACCAUAUUUUGAAAUCAGAUGUCAUGCGUUUUGCUGCCCUUGAGUACUGUGUACCUCAUAUGUGGAAAAAAAAAAAAAAUCUCUGACCAUAUUUUGAAACCAAACGUCUUGUAUUUUGCUGUCCCCCCCUCCCCCGUUUUGAGUAUGGUGUACCUCAUGUGUGGAAAAAUAUUUUCCUUUGUAACCUAAGGGUGUAACUGUAAUUAAAAUGUUGGAUACCGUAAAUACUUCACAGUUCACACAGAUUGUGACAUUGUGCAGUUUCAAUUCCACUGUAAUUUUUCGUUCAUC